AUGAACAACAAAAAGAAGGUGAAGCCAGACAAGAAUUCGUACGGCGCUUUGAACCUUCCUCAAGAAUUGAUUCCAAGGAUCAUUGCUCAUCUGAGUGUGAAGUACAUAAAGAGAUUAAUGAGGUGUAACUCCCUUCUCUACACAAAGCUAAGAAACGACUUCUCACUGUGGAGGCUCUUUACGUCUGGGAGAUAUCCUUGCGUUUCCGGAUACAUCAGUGAGAUUAGGAACAAAUACACGCUGGUGAAAAACAUAUCUCGCUCCAGAAACGAAAGAAGUGUUGAUUUUGAGACAAAGCAGUCUGAUCUCACGUAUAUGCAGAUAGACCGGGACAAGGUGAUAUGCUCUUCGGAUGAUCAGACCAUAAAGAUAUUUGGGAUGGAUGGAAGGCUCGUAAGAACAUUCAUUGGGCACAAAGGAGGUGUGUGGACCUUCAUGGUCAACAGCAAGUUUCUUGUGAGUGGAAGCACAGAUAAGACGGCGCGGAUCUGGGACUUGCAUACUGGGUGCACGCUUUGCGUCCUUGUUGGGCACAAGUCUGUUGUCAGGUCUCUGAAGAUGUAUGAGGACUAUAUUGUAACUGGAAGCAGAGAUUCGGAGAUAAGGGUCUGGAACUUCAGUGGGACAUGUCUUAAUGUGCUCAAGGGCCAUACGAUGAGUGUUAGGUGCAUGGACAUAAAUGAGGCCUAUCUUGUGAGCGGGUCCUACGAUGGAAGUGUUGCUCUAUGGGACUACAGAAAGGGAAGGCUCCUGAGAUAUUUAAAAUCACAUUCACUUAGAGUGUAUUCUGUUUCUCUCUCGUCGAACUAUGUAGCCUCUGGAAGCCUCGACUCCAGUGUGCAUGUCUCGUCUCUCGAUGGAAGGCUUCUGUGCUCAUACAAAGUCCAUCGGUCGCUGGUGAUCUGGCUCAAAUUUGUGGGAAAUGGGCGCUAUCUACUCAGCUCUGGAGCAGACGGGAUUUUGUGCAAGUGGGAUAUACUAGAAAAUGCUCUUGUGUACAAGAUCGAGGAGAACGGGCAUAUAACGGCACAGGCGGUGAUUGAAGACCUGCUGAUAGUUGGAACGAAGAGGGAGGUGAAGAUAUAUAAUCUGUUUAGUGGAAGAUUUAUCAGAACGCUGUUUUCUGCCUCCUCUUUAAUAAGUAAGGUUGAGGUAUCUGGAAGAUGCAUAUCUAUCGGAUACUAUUCGGACUCUGGUGCUUGCAGGCUCAUAGUGUUUAACUAUUAA